AUGUCGUCCACUUCGCAAGGCAGUCUUCCUCCCUCCAACCACCCCGCUUCGAGCAGCAGCAUCUCCUCCCACUCGUCUUCCACCUCAAGAUCCGGUUCCCGCACGCCUCAAGGCAAUUCAGGCGCUUCAUCAUACAGUCAAUACUUUUCAUACCCAGUCAGCCACGUUGUCUCCGGUCUUUAUCGGCGGUUGACCGAUCCCAAUACCUCCACGUCCACCAUGCCGUCCUCGGUUCCAUGGUCGACCUCAUCGUCUUCCUCGGAAGUCUUUACACCGCGCCGAACAGCCUCACCCUUCCAGCCACCACCACUGACUCCUCUCACUCUGGCAAUCCCUCGCGGGGCGGAAUUACUGCAACAGCAGCUUCUCACCCGCGCGCUCGCCGAAGAAAUUCGCCUCCUCGUCCCACCCCGCCUCCAGCUUGCCGAGACCUGGCGUCUCGCAUACAGUCUAGAUCGCGACGGCGCCUCUCUCUCCACCCUCUACGACCACUGCCAGCAAUUCUCCCAUCGUAGCCCGCGGGCGGGCUACGUCCUCGUCGUCCGCGACUCCUCCCCUUCAGGCGCCGUCUUCGGCGCGUACAUGACCGACGUCCCACAUCCGGACUCGCAAUUCUUCGGCACGGGUGAAUGUUUCCUCUGGCGAGCCAGCGUUCUUCCCCCUCCAACGAACCUGGGCCUCGCAUUCCCGAGCGAUGGCCCUCAAUCGGUGGAAGCACUGGAGCGCGCAGGUCUUCCACCCCCACCUUCUGCGGACACGACCCACGCUGGACGAUGGAGUACUUUUCGCAGUGACCCGCGCAGCAAGGGCAAGGUUGAAUCCACGCCGACGCGGAACCUGAAUAUAAGUCUCAAGACCAAUCUCGCUGCCGCCAGCGGCGGAGCGCUGGCGCCUCCGUCACCUUCUUCUAUCGACACGCCCUCGCGAAGUGGGGCAAGUACGCCUGAGCGCAUUCGAUUCAAGGCCUUCCCGUAUAGUGGUGUGAAUGAUUACAUGAUGUUUUGUGAGACCGGAUUCCUCAGCCUGGGUGGCGGCGACGGUCGAUAUGGUCUCUGGUUAGACUCAAGUCUCGAAAAGGGUGUUAGCUCCCACUGUCAAACAUUCGGAAACGAGCCUCUCGCCGAAGAAGGCGAAAAGUUUGACGUUCUCGGCGUGGAGAUCUGGUAUGUAGGAGCGUAA